GUUGGCGCAGGUUUCUGAAAGAAGAUUCUGGCAAGAAAGUAUAAUUCUAGUAAAAUUUGCAAACUUUUUAAGCGUAUAAAACUGAAAUCACAAAGUAUAUACCCUGUGCUGAAAUAGUAGCAUAUUUAACACAAAAGCAACAAAUUAAUAAAGUAAAUACUCUUUAUAUAUUUAUAAAUUGGAGAAAAAUGGUAGACUACAGCAAAUGGAAAAACAUUGAGAUAUCUGACGAUGAAGAUGAUACUCAUCCAAACAUCGACACACCUUCACUUUUCCGUUGGCGUCAUCAGGCACGUGUUGAACGUAUGGCAGAACUGGAACGGGAAAAAGAGGAUCUAAAAAAGCAAAAGCAAUCUUGGCAGGCUAGAUUAAUUGAUUGUAAAAAGCGCAUACAAAGUAAAGGUGAUGAUGAGGAACUAAAGAAAGAAUUGGAAAAAUUAGAGAAAGAAGGUAAAGAUUUCGACCGUAAAGAAGAGGAGUUGAUUAAGAAAGAAAAGAAAAUGCCAUGGAACGUCGAUACUAUUAGCAAGCCAGGGUUCGCAAAAACUGUGCUAAAUAAACAGCCGGCUAGGAAACCAGACGAAAACCUUACCGAAGAGGAAAAGGAAGUCCGGAUGAAAAAAUUUGUCAAGGAAAAUGAAAAGUUAUGCAAGCAAUAUGGCAUGUUGCGUAAAUACGAUGAUUCAAAACGGUUUCUCCAGGAACACCUCGAUUUGGUUUGCGAGGAGACUGCUAACUAUUUGGUAAUAUGGUCCAUCAACUUGGAGAUGGAGGAAAAACAUGAGCUAAUGGCUCAUGUGGCCCAUCAGUGUAUUUGUAUGCAGUAUAUUUUAGAGUUGGCCAAACAGUUAGAUAUUGAUCCUCGGGCCUGUGUAGGAUCAUUCUUUUCAAAAAUUCAAAACUGUGUACCCGAAUAUCGCCAGCAGUUUGAAAGUGAAAUUGAUGGAUUUAAAGAACGUAUUAAGAAGAGGGCUCAGGAAAAGAUUAAAGAAGCAAUUGCAGAAGCGGAAGAAGAAGAGCGCAGGGAACGUCUCGGUCCCGGUGGUCUAGAUCCUGCCGAAGUUUUCGAAUCACUACCAGAUGAAUUAAAAAAAUGCUUUGAAAGUCGUGAUACUGAACUAUUGCAAACUACUAUUGCCGCGAUGCCAGUAGAAGAAGCAAAAUACCACAUGAAACGAUGUGUAGAUUCGGGUUUAUGGGUACCAAAUGCUGCCGAUUUAAAAGAAGAAGAAGAAUCGACACCGAAAUCUAAAGAAACAGAACCGAUAUAUACUGGAGUCAGUUCCGACGAUUUAGACUGAUUGUUAUGAACAAACAUUAGGGGGGCCUUAUUUGAGAGAAAAAGUGAAAAUCGGUAAAUUUGCAGCAGUAACAAAACAGUCCGUGAAAUAUAAAUCAUUCUGGCAGAAAUAUAUACAAAUCCAACACUUCUAUCGAAAAAUGUUUAUUAUAUAUUUCUUAUCCUAGACUUAUUACAGUAACUUGUUUUCAUUUCGAAUUUAGUUAUGGAAAUUAAGAGCUAGUUCCUCUAAAUGCGAACUAACAAGAAUUUUCUAGUUUUAUUUUGAAAACAAAUUCGAAAAAUUUUUGUUAUUUUCAAUAUAAAAUGAGAAUAUCAUGUUCGUUCGCAUUUAGAGAAACAGGCGAUUAGUCAUUUUUAAGUAUUCCUUGUUUUGAAUAUAUUAUAGUACAUAUGUGUAAUUCAAAUAUUAAAUCGUUGUGUAUGUAAAUAAAAUUUAAGAAAAAAAUUAACAAAAAACCAUUAA